UAACGCCGGUGAGGUUUCAAAUCAAUGUGCUGCUGAGACCUUGCAGAAACAAGGCAGGUGUCAUCAUGCUUAGAAGCUGCGCCAGGCUGAUCCGUGGGGGCACUGCCAUCUGUCACCCCCACACACACCUCCCAAAUGCCAGCUCCAUUCCCUGCCACUUCUCGAUCACCCGUCCGUGUCCUGUUGCGGGACUCAGGGAUUUCGGUUUACCUAACGCUACCUGGAGCCAGAAGCUGCUGGAUUUAUUUAACAAGUUUGAGGAGCUGAGUAAGAACGGGGAGUGGAGGAGGAUUCCCUCCUAUAACACGACCGUUCAUCACAUGGAAGGAGAUGUGAACGCAGGGAGGGAGAAUCGUCUCUUCACUAGGAACACUGACCAGGACGGGGUUGGCUUUGAAUACAGUAUGUUUUAUAACACGGCAGAGAAAAGGAUGGUCUGUCUCUUCCAGCCUGGACACUACCUGGAGGGACCCCCUGGGUUUACUCAUGGAGGAUGCAUCGCCACAAUCAUUGACAGCACGGCCGGAGCAGGAGCUGUGUAUGGCUGCGGCACAGUCAUGACGGCCAACCUGAACAUUGACUAUCGCAACCCCAUCCCCCUGGGCCGCACGGUGAUCGUGGACAGCAAGGUGGAGAACGUGGAGGGUCGGAAGGUGUUCUGCAGCUGUCAGAUCCGGAGUCACGAUGACGAGGUGCUGCAUACAGAGGCAACCGUUCUAUUCAUUAAGGUGGGCUCUUGAGUAAUGCUCAGACGGUGCUGGGACGGGAAAUGGUCAAGUACCCCAGCCCUGAGCAGGAGCGUGCAGGAUAAGAGGAUAUGCAGAUACCUUUCAUUUCUAGAUAGCAAGUCGAUACCACUAAAAGGACAGUCCCAGGACCGAAGGACUCGUAUCCAGACGGCGGUAACAGAAGAUCGAUUAGAUGUUUCUCCUUGAAUAGCUGGACCCUCAUUGCAAUGAAAACCAGUGUUAACCAGUAACUGUUAGCAGCAGCUGGGAGCCGCCUGUUCUGGGGAACCGGACAGCCACGCAGCCUCAUCCAGAACUCAAUAAAAGCUCUUUUAGUAG